AUGUCGACUUUAAGCUUAUAUAACUCUAAAGACGUUGCAGUUGUAUUCACACUUUUCUUUAUCGUGUGUUCAGUGGCCUCUAGCCACAUAGUACAUACACCGUCACCAAAAGUGUUCAAAAGUCGUUUAAAAGGUCAGGUUGUCUGUUACGCUUGCAUAUCUUCCGCAAAUGAUUCUGAUUCACAAUCCUACGACAGCAGCUCCACUGCUGAUCUAUAUCGGACACUUGAAAAAGCUGGAUUGCUGAUACCAAAACAUAUAACAAAGUGUUUCGAAUCAUAUCUCCCAAAUAAUCCAAAUUAUUAUCAAACGGAUUUAGUAUUUUGCCCAAAUACUGUUAUGGAACCAGGCGCAUGUGUCAAACUGAAAGGACACCAUAACGGUGAUCAAUAUAUUUAUCGUAAUUGUUGGAGUAAUAUGUGGAUUGAUAAACGACCAUAUGCGCGACAGAUGUCCGAGCGAUGUUAUAUUGAUGAGCUGGUGCAAAACUUUGUUGCAACAAGUGACAACAAAAUAUGUUUUUGCGAAGAUGACCUUUGUAAUAAUAGCCAUAGCACAUUGCUUUUUUUAUCCAAUGACCUCUUCUUGAUAAUGAUGUUUAUUAUAUUUUUACACUUACAUUAA